AUGUCCAUGUCAAUGGGCGACAUGCCCAUGGGCUCAAUGUCCAUGGGUGAUGGCGUCCCCGGUCUCUUCUAUUUACAGAAGAUGUAUUGGGCUGUCGUGGGGAGUGCAAUCGCCACUGCCACAGUGGUUAAUAUCUUGAAUAAAGUACUGGCGCAGCAUCGACUGCGAGACACCUCACUCGCCCCCGCAAAGCCCAAAUCAUUUUUCUUUAGCGUUUAUGCCACACUCACAGCAAUAGCCCGAGAGGUGAGCUAUGCCACCAUCAGCCCUAUCUCAGUGGGAAAAUAUACCAUCCAUUUUCCACCUCUUGGCCCCGUCCUCAUCAUUCUCGCCAAUCUAGUCGUGGUCCUUGUCCUCUGCUUCUACAAACUCGAUACAGCCAACGUGUGGAAAUGGGAAGACGUCGGCUACCGCACCGGAUUUAUCGCCAUCUGCCAACUACCACUCAUCUUCCUUCUGGCAGGGCGACAGAACAUCAUCGGCUUCUUAGCAGACAUGAGCUAUGCCCGACUGAACUGGUUCCACCGCUGGAUUGCGCGCACUUUAUGGCUGACAACCACGAUCCACAUGGGCUUUUGGUUCCGCAACUGGGGUCGCUACGAUUAUAUCACAUACCAGCUGAAGAAUGAUCCACUCACAAAACGCGGGUUCGCGGCCUGGUGUAUUCUGACUUUUAUCGUGCUGACGUCGGUGGCUCCUAUUCGAAGACUCAGCUAUGAGGUCUUUGUUCUGCAACAUCUGGUUACCUUUGUCGGAUUCAUUGCGGCUGUGUGGAUGCAUGCUCCUAAUGAAGUCAAGAUCUGGGUGUGGAUUCCCAUUGGUCUCUUAGUGUUUGAUCGUGUAGCAAGGUAUGCUUGGGGUGCAUAUUCCAAUCUGUCCAUGUUUCACCGCAAGGCCAGCAAGAGUGCCCUCUGGACACAUUCGGCUACUUUUACUGCGCUACCAGGAAAUGUCACCAGGGUGACCGUUAAGAACCCCGGUAUUCACUGGCAACCUGGCCAGCAUGUCUUCCUGACAUGCCACUCUGUCGUCCCGUUGCAGAGCCACCCAUUCACUAUUGCAUCUAUCCCUGAAGACAACAAGAUGGAAUUCUUGAUCCGUGCCGAAACUGGUGGCACAAGGCGAUUCUUCCGGUAUGCCUCAAAGGACAAGGUCCUCGGUGCCGAAACAGUGCCGAAUGAGCGCAGUCGAACUAUCUUUGUCGAGGGGCCGUAUGGAUCUAUCCGAAAUCUGCGCCAAUUCGACAGCGUUGUGCUUAUAGCCGGCGGCAUGGGUGCAACGUUUGCCAUGCCACUGCUGAGAGAUCUCGUGGCAGCUUGGAAGAAAGACAGCCCUUGUGAAAAUCAAAGGAGAAUUGGCCAGGUUCGACGCUGGACGGCGACCAAUCGGGCUCGCUUCGUCUGGGUUAUCAAGUCUCGAUCACAAUUGAGCCUGUUCGAGGAGCAGUUGCAAUCUGUGCUGGCCGAUGUAGAGGAAUGCCGCCGCAUCCAGCCACGCUUCAACAAAGAGAUCGAUAUCACUAUUUACAUCACAUGCGACGAGAAACUCGAGCCUCCGACCACCCAGCAAAUAACCCCAUUGAUUUCGUAUGGAGUUGCAAACCGCCAAAUGAUCGAGUCCAGUGAACAGAAGGAAGUGAUCGAAACAGAUCAUGUCUCGGCGCGCUCAGUUUCAGGCGUAUCAUUUACAUCCUCACAUAUUGCUGCAAUUGGUCAAGGCUGUCUCUCUGGCGGAGGAUGCUGCUGCACGAAGCAGAUCGAAGACGAAGAUGCGAUUCCCACCUGCACGUGUACUUGUUCAGGCCCGGCACCUACGCCACUAGAACUAGAGAGCAUGACCGGGAAGACGACAUACACCCAGACAUCAGCGUCGCUAGAUUCAAAAGCAAACUUUGUAUCCGGCCGUCCAUACCCACGUGCAAUCAUCCGCAAAGUUCUUGAAAAGGCAGAAGGUGAAAGCGCAGUGGUCGUAUGCGGUCCGCGCGGGCUGGCAGACGAUGUUCGUCGCAGCGUAGUGUGUCUCAGCGAUGAACGGGCAGUUCAUAAGGGCACUGGCGCACAGGGGAUCUACCUGCAUAUUGAGAAUUUCGGAUGGUGA